AUGGAUACCGUCACUCCGCCAGUGAACCACGGGACACAGAGCUACAGCGAAGCGUCGCGAGCUCUUCUCAGCAAGUACCGCCCUCCGAAGAGCGCCGCCAGCUCUGCCAAUCUGAAGCGCGUCAUUGAGAAGCACCUGGAGAAGACCAAAAUCAGCCUGGACAAGUUCCUCGACUUUGGGCCGAACUCUGAGCUGUACCUGUGCACGCAGAACAGCACCGGAAAGCAGCUGGUGCUGAAGGUGCUGGUGAAGGGCACCGUGGAGCAGGUGGGAGGGACGGUGAUGAAGCGACCGCUCGACUACGACAAGCUCAACCCGGAGGGCUCCGUGGCAGGCAUCGCCUGGGUGCACGAGUUCACCUCCAUGGACAGCACCGCCUACAGCAUCGUCACCGAGUACUGCCCCAAGGGCAGCGUCGCCAAGCUGCUCGAGUCGAAUGGGGCGCUGCAGGAGAACGACGCCCGCGGCAUCUUCUCCAGCGCCCUCGCCGGCCUGGCGCACAUGCACAAGAACAAGGUCGCCCAUCGCAAUUUGAAGCUGGAGAACGUGCUGCUGGACGGGCACAACCGCGCCGUCCUCACCGACUUCAACUACAGUCUGAUUGUGGAGAACAGCGCCAGUCUGGAGGCGGUACACGCCACCUCGGUGCCGUACCUCGCCCCGGAGGUCUUCUCCAACGUCCCCUACGACCCCAUCAUCGCGGACGUCUGGAGUCUGGGCAUCUGCAUGUACAUCGCCCUCAAUGACUGUCUGCCCUUUGGGCCGGCCGGGAAGCCGCUCGUCGGCUCGGAGAGCUUCUACACCUUCAAGAAGACGGUCGAGGCGGCUCUCAGCGCCGCCGCCAAGAAGUUCCUCAAGUUGAUGCUGCAGAGCGACGUCAACAAGCGCGCCACCUCGUUCACCCUGCAGCGUGAUGCCUGGUUCUACCAAUAA